UGCAGAACAAACAUGAACAUGGUCAGGACAAGACUGAAAAUAUAUCAUAUCUGCGACCAAACUUGAAAAUAAUCGCAAGUGUAAUCAAAGACUCGAGCCACCUACCUGGAUGGCUGUUCUGGGGCUGGUUCUACCACUUUUUAUCUGAAUUCAAAUGGUUUUGCAUUAAAACUUGUUUUGGGCGAUUCAUUUGUCGAUUAUUUAGAGCUUUUGGGCACUUCUUGGCUAGUUGCAAGCCGAUGUCAGUAGGUACAACACCAUGUCUUUCAGAUUAGCAACUCUGUGGAUUAUCGUGCUGAGCUUGAGUUACUCAAAAGUUAGACCAGCAAACGGCGGUGGAUACCAGCUGGAGAUCAAUCAUCCAGAUGGAUCGGCGUUUCGACGGGAAUCGCUGAUGGAAGAUACUGACGGAAAUUCCGAGAUCGAUGGAGAGGUUCGGCAAAAGUAUUCUGCUCCGCUUGAAGGAUGGCUAGUGCUCUUCUACAGAAUCGGAUCCAAGGGAUUCCACAUACGAUACUCCUACCAGGCAGGCAGUGACUUUUCCGUGGUGCCGAAGUUGGCCAAAAACGAAACACUCUCAAUAAAACGAAUCGGAGUAAAUGCUCUGAAGUCGACAGCAGGUUGAACAAUAAUUGUGUAUAAAGUAAGGACAAUAAACGACACUUAUAA